AAACGCUUCUGACUCUCAACCAACACCUGUAAACAGAGCUCCUUCUUCAAAAAUUUUUUUUUUUUUUGUCUCCAUCCAAAAUUAUUUUUCAAGGGUGAAACAAGUCUUGUUUCUUCGAUAACAUCGAAAUUCUGGUUUCUGAACUACCAUAUAUUUGCAGAUGAAAAAAACUUUCUAUACUUUUCUUGGAAUUCUGGGUUUUCCCAUGAAACUUUAGAAGGAGGUAGAAAAGGGUUUUCCUUUUCUUGUUGGAUGAAAGAAAACAUGGGCAUGGAAAUUGUUAUCUCAGUGACACUAUUGUUAGUGGGCAUAGCUGUUUUAGUAAUCAUUCAUGUCUGUAUUGUGAGUAGAGCUUUCAGAAGAAAUACUACUACAAAUGGAGUUGGUGGAGCUGUUGUUCACAGAAAUGCUAGAAGAAGUCCAAGCAUGUCUGAAGAUGAAAUCAAGAAAUUGCCCAGUUUUGAUUACAAUAUUAGCAUUGAAGAAGAAAGAGAGGAUAGCAACAGCAGCAGCAGAAGCAGAAGCACUCUGGAAUGUGCCGUGUGUUUGGAGAAUUUCAAAGAUGGUGAAAAGUGCAGAUUGUUGCCAAAAUGUAAUCACUGUUUUCAUGCUGAUUGCAUUGAUUCAUGGUUGGCAAAAACAGCAGCUUGCCCAGUUUGUAGAACAGAUGCUGCAAUUUCACCCAAAAUAGAAAGUCAACACAGAAAUAUUGAUGAUCAGAUGGUGCUUGGAGUUGAAUUGACAUAAGGGAGAAAGCUUCUGUUUCUUAAUUGAUUUCUUUCCUUCAUGGUCGGCAAAAACAGCAGCUUGCCCAGGAACAGGUGCUGCUAUUUCACCCAAAAUUGGAAGUCAACACAGAAAUAUUGAUGAUCAGAUGGUGCUUGGAGUUGAAUUGACAUAAGGGAGAAAGCUUCUGUUUCUUAAUUGAUUUCUUUCCUUCAUGGUUGGCAAAAACAGCAGCUUGCCCAGUUUGUGGAACAGGUGCUGCAAUUUCACCCAAAAUUGGAAGUCAACACAGAAAUAUUGAUGAUCAGAUGGUGCUUGGAGUUGAAUUGACAUAAGGGAUUGAAAAUUUUUGGUGAAAAUUAAAGAUUGAAAAUCAUGGUUCGGACUUAGGAAAGUAGUUUAGUUUUUCCCCUCUUACACGCUCCAAAUUGUUGCACACAUACAGGAUUUGGCAAGUCAUCACAGCUUAGUGUUUUGAUUC